AUGGAUUGCUAUAUAUCAAAACUGCCAGACGACAUCGUCCAAAGGAUCUUGUGCAACCUACCAACCGUGGCUCUUUCACAGUGCAGGUGCGUCUGUAAGUCAUGGCACAACUUUCUCUUAGACCCUGAUUUUGCUAAACUUUGCCUCUCAAGAGAACCCAGUUCUAGCCUUCUGCUCUUCAUGGAGAACGAAACGCUAGUUUCAACAAAACACACAUCCGCUCCACUUUAUCCCUUGGAGUUGCAUCGCAUAGUAAACCCAAUGAUGGGCAAGUACAUUACUCUUCCACCAUGUAGAAAUAUAAGGGAAUGGUGCCUAGACCAGUGUUUACUUGGGUUCUGUCCUAAGACUAAACGAUAUAAGGCUAUUUGCAUUUCCAGCAAAGAUGGUGAUUGGGAAGCCUAUGUCCACACUAUUGGGACGGGUGUUUCUUGGGGAAGCAUAGGGGCUGUUCCUUUUGGGGGUUGUCAUCAUAAUAGGGUUUUUUCUGAUGCAUUUGUUAAUGGAUGUUGUCAUUGGCUUGUCUUCCGUAGAAUAGGCUAUGUAAGCAAGCGUGCUGAAGAUGAUAAUUUGGAGAUAUGGGUGAUGAAAGAGUAUGGUGUUGUAGAAUCCUGGGCCAAAUUGCUUGUCUUAGAAAACCAUAUGAACUUUAGGAGUUUCUCGUUUCUUGAGGUAACGAAGUUGUUAGCAAAUGGGGAAGUCCUGUUGUUUGAUGGACACAACUUGAUUCUGUACAACCCUUUAAGCAACAAUUACAGAAGUUUGGAUAUUCCUGGAUUUCGAUCAGCUUUUGAUGGAAGAAGACAUGAUUUCAUUGUCCACAAUAAUCCAAUCUUUGCUUCACUCAUAGAUAUGUUGCUGGGAGACAACGUGAAGGUCGGGAUACUUUUUUGAUAAUUUAGAUGUCAUCUUGCCUCGAAGGUGAAGCUCACCAACCCCAUAACAGAGAAAUUAAUAUGCAUUUCUGGGAUUAUGUAGGUAUUUAAUUUUGUUUAGGUAAUUUAUUUUAUGAUCAAAUAUUUAUAUUUUUUUUUAUGCAAAGCAAAAGUUUGGGGCGUUUUUAACAUUGACAAAAUGGUUGGUUUGAGCAAUUAUGUAGAAUUUAUUUUUAAAAUUUUUAGGACUUAAUUGAAAUCAUUUGAUUCUAACUUACUCUUCUGUCUCGAUUUUAAUUAUAACUUUAAUUUUGAUUUAGCGUGAUUAAAAUUUUUUACUUUUUUUUUUUUAAAUUAC